AUGGCAGGGACAGAGGUCUCUGAUCCUUUGGAGCAGUUCACCAAAAUCAAAGAACUGGAGAUGAUGCCGGAAAAAGCCUCUGAGGAGGAGGAAGAGAAGGAAAAGGACGGAGUGUGCAGAGUGAAGGAACACCCACGCCCUGGAGAGAUGGAGGCCGAAUGCACCCCUGGGGCCCUCCAGACUGGGAUCCCGGGGGGAGGGCAGGGGCUGGCGCUAGCCACCACGGAGGACAGUGAGAAGCAUGUGCUGGCCCUGCAGGCAGUGCACCUCAGUUCGGAUGACGUGGCAUUGCAGGAGGUGGGCUGGCUGCUGCCACAGCACCAAGCAGGGAUGCAGGCCGUGGUGCCGCAGACCGGCAGUGGGCUGCAGUCGCUGCUGUGGCUUGGGGAGGGGUCCCAGCAGAGCCUGCACCAGUGCGUGGCCAUUCACCUGCACGACGAGGUGUACUCGCUGCAGGAGGUGGAGUUGAUGGAGUUUCACGUUCUGGAGGAGCACGUGGCUGUGGCCGGUGAGGACAGUAAAUCUGCAGCGAGCCCGGACGAAGGCGUGGGAUUGAGGAAGUUUGAGAGAGGCCAGGAGGAAAUCCAGCCGCCGGCUGAAGGACGAGUUGAUGAAAAGCAAUUCUUCCUAGUGGAAGCAAGGCCGGGAGAUGAAAGAAGAAAUGAGAUCGUCCUGACAAUUUCAAACUUAAACAUUGAAGAACCGGAAGACAAACCUGCAUCCAGUCAACCACAUGUGGGAAAAGACAACUCGGCAAAAAUUCAAAAUAAGACCCAGGGAAAACGAAGCUUCCACUGUGAUUUGUGCAUGUUCACCUCUUCCAGAAUUUCAAGUUUAAAUCGUCAUAUGAAAACACACAGCACUGAAAAGCCCCACAUAUGUCACCUUUGUCUGAAAGCUUUCCGUACUGUUACUCUUCUCAGGAACCACCUCAAUACCCACACAGGAACCAGGCCCUACAAGUGUGGUGAUUGCGACAUGGCGUUUGUUACCAGUGGAGAGCUUGUCCGACACAGACGUUAUAAACACACUCAUGAGAAACCCUUUAAAUGUUCCAUGUGCAAGUAUGCGAGCGUAGAAGCGAGUAAGCUGAAGCGUCACAUCCGGUCACACACGGGCGAGCGUCCCUUUCAGUGCUGUCUGUGCAGCUAUGCCAGCAAAGACACCUACAAACUGAAACGACACAUGAGGACGCACUCAGGUGAGAAGCCCUACGAAUGCCAUGUCUGCCACGCGCGCUUCACCCAGAGUGGAACCAUGAAAAUACACAUUCUGCAGAAGCACAGCGAGAACGUCCCCAAGUACCAGUGUCCACAUUGCGCUGCAGUCAUUGCAAGGAAGAGCGACCUACGGGUCCAUUUGCGCAACCUGCAUACUUACAGAGAUACAGGGUUGAACUGCCGCUACUGUUCUGCUGUCUUCCACGAACGCUAUGACUUCAUUCAGCACCAGAAAACUCAUAAAAACGAGAAAAAGUUCAAGUGUGAAUACUGCAGCUAUGCCUGCAAGCAGGAACGUCAUAUGACAGUUCACAUCCGUACCCACACUGGAGAGAAACCAUUUGUCUGCCACUCCUGCAAUAAAUGUUUCCGACAGAAGCAACUUCUAAAUGUUCACGUCAAGAAACACCAUAAUACAAAUUUCAUCCCAACUGUGUACGAGUGCCCCAAGUGUGGCAGAGCCUUUUCCCGCUGGAAUAAUAUGCAGACACACUCAAAGAAGUGCAACUCCGGCCAAGAGAAGUCCACCACUUCAGGAAAAGGAAAAAGAAUGAAAAAGAGGAAGCCAGCCAUCCCGCAAGAGGCAGACAAGAGAGACGAAGCCGCUGCCGAGGAGGCAGUCCUGGUGAAUGGAGAGCGGUACCCAGGAGAGGUGGUUCCUGUGGGCUGUGGAGAAACCAUCGUGGGAAGUGAGGACCUCGAGGAAGACGUGACCUGUGAAAUGAUUCUCAACGUGUUGGAUAAGUGACAGAGGUUCAGGUUUCAUGCUUGGAGCACGUAAUUCUUAAAGCAGGUUAGAAACUCUUAGCAUCUGCUUUGAAACAAUUAAGUUCAUGAAAAUGGAUGGUCACAAUUUUAUCAAAAGCUUCAGGGAGCGCCUAGAAUUGUUUGGCUAUUUUUGAGUGGUUAUUUCAAAAAAACAUUGCAGGUAUUUUGUAAAGGGCCCCACAUCUUGAAUUGGAGGAUAAACCCCUCAAACCUAUGAAUUCAUUCACUCGAUCCUGGCAAGGCGGCCCCACAAUAAAUGAGCAGUGAUUUGGGGAUGACACUUACUUUGAUCGUAGUACAGGCUACUUAGUGCUUCGGCAAACAGUCAAAGCUGGGAAAUCUUAUGUUGAAUUGUACACACCCCUGAUAUUUCUAAUAUGAUUUUUAAACAUAAAAUACUAAUUUUAUAUCCUCUUUUACACAAAUGAAUUUUCCAUAAAAUCUAAAGCCAUCAAAAUACUUUUAAUUAGUUCUGAAAUUCAAUGCAAAAGACCUUAAGUUAUACCAAAAACAACAACUGAGUAGAAGAUGAAAAACUCUAGGCUAGACAAGAAAAUGAUGUUUAACAUGUUUUCUCCUUUGGUAUAUGAGUAAAGUUUACUUUUAGAUUUUGUAUUCUUUCUUAAUUAUGUUCUUUGGCAGGUAGGACACCCCCCGGUUACAUUCCAUUAUUACUUACAAGAAUAGCAGUUCAUCACCCUUUUGUUUUGCUAAAACAACUUUGUUUAUGUUUUUAAAAAUAAUUGGCAGGGUGAGAAGAAACUUUAAAAUCUGAUAAUGAAAAUGUGCACUUGUAAAGAAUUAGUACUUUUUUGCAACAGCCUAUCACUAGUAUUUCUCUCUGUACCAACUGAAGACCUCUUUUCCCACCUUAGACCAGCAUUAAGUACUUAAUUAAGUACUUAAAAUAAGUACUUAAUUUUAAGUACUUAAGUCUCUUUAGUACUUAAAAUUAAAUAGUACCUAUCUUCAUAAUGAGCCAUAUUCUUCUUUCUAGCUCAACACUUGCUUUCACUGUGAACUUUUCCCCCCCAUUUUAAAAUCAAGAAUAGGUCCUAAAUUCAAAUUAUUUUUUUAAGCUUUACUGAGGUAUAAUUGACACAUAAAAUUGUAAGAUAUUAAAGUGUACAUCAUGGUGAUUUGACAUACGUCUACAUUGAGAAAGAAUUUCUCCCAUCGAGUUAACUAAAUUCAGAUUCUGAAAACGCUGAACUGUUAUUAAAAAUACCCCAAACCCAGAAGCCCUGGAUAAGGCACACAUGUGGAAGCGAUUUCCCAGCAGGAAGGGCAUUAUAUUCUCUUCA